GUCGCCGCGAGCUGCGUUCGGAUGUAAACAUUUGCGCCGCGGUGCGCAGCUGGGAAUAACGUGCUGGCUGAUUUUGUGAGUGCAUGCACAAUGUGCGACCCGUCGUCUCUCUGCGCAUAAAGAAGGCACAGAGUUACAAAUUCAGCGGGCUGGGGGGUUUGAAGUAACGCCAAACAAGGCCGCUUUGCUGGUUAUGAGGACUGACUGGCACCACUGGGCUCACCCGCCAUGCAGCAGGACGGUUUCGGCUGCGCUGUGACGAACCGCUUCGACCAGCUUCUGGACGACGAGGCUGACCCGUUUGACAUCCUGCGGGAGGCCGAGGUGCAGAAGCAGAAAAAGAAAAAGAAAGAGGAGCUGAAGAAAGCCAACGCGGGGAAACAGGGAAAGAAGGAGUCGCAGAAAGACAGGAGGGUCCCUAACGCUGCCGAUGGAGGUCUCGGUAACAUAAGAAACAAUUCUGCAGGGCCGAGCCGGGCGCCCCGCGGGGGACGGGUCCAGAAUGAGAACCGCUGCGCCCCGCCCCCGGAGAGGGAGGAGAGGCGCGUGGUGUUCCGCGAGCGCCGGCCCAAUCAGAUGGAAGGCCCGCCGCCAUUCCCUGUGAACGCGUCCGUCCCCCGGUCACAGGACCAAUGGGAUAAGGGCAGAGGACGACGCAGCUGGGGCCGAGGAGCGGGGGAGGGGUACCCCAGGAAUCCGGACGGCUUCGUCCCCGGGCCCAGGAGGGAAUACAGCGGCCGCGAGCAAUCGAACUGGGUGAUCUGGACGCCUGACGUUGAACGCAGCGAUGCCAAAGAGGUCCAGGAGCCUGUGGAGACGGAUGAUCCGGCCCGGGUGGGCGGGGAGGCAGCCGAAGGGGAGGCGGAGCCAGUCCCUGCGGCUGCCGAGCAGAUGUCUCUGGACGAAUGGAAGGCCCUGAUGGAGCAGAGCCGGCCCAAGGAGGAGCUGAAGUUGCGUAAAGUGGACUCCAGGGUGCCGUCCAAGGCCAUGGUCAUCCACAAGUCCAAGCCCCUGGAGGUGAAGGGGGUGAUCGAGGAGGAGGAGGACCUCUACGUCUUCCGCAGACCCGCCAACGACAUCACCGCCACGAUGGCUUUCAAUUUUGGCAACCUGCCCCGGCCCAGGAGGGGGGGCAGGGGCGGGCGUGGCGGGCGCGGGGGGCAGGCCGGGAGGGAGCAGCCCGAGAGGGCCCCGCCCCCACCCCCACCACCGGCUGAAGUGGUCCCGCCCCCUGACCCCGACGACCCCGAGGACUUCCCUGCCCUGGGCUGAGGGGCGUGGCCCAGGCCUGGAGGCUGAAUGCUGCUCUGUGAUUGGGCCGGCUGCCCUGUCUUCAUUUGCGUCUUGACUUGAAAGCGGUUGCACUCGUCACCUUUAAAUUUUAUUUUGUUAUUUCUUUCUUUUUUCUUUUUUUUCCCUGCCAAGGCCCAGGAGAAAUUCUUUCCCCUCCAGUGCCUGGAAGGUUCAUCUCUCGCUUUCUGAAAAGUUUAACUGAAGGCUAUAUGUGGAGCAUAACAUUAAAAUGCACUGUUGAAUGUAA